UUGACCUUGUUAUUUGUAACUAACAUAGGGUGUCCGUUACGAAUAAAGUUUUAAAGUAAGCCCUAAAUUUUUACUCUUUCCUUUCUCACUCCCUCUGUCAAAAAAAUUCCUCUUUCUCUCUCCAAUAUUGAAGGAGCUCCCGCGCGUUUUGCUCCUCUCAUUCUCACUCUUCUCCUCCAUUGAAGCGCACUUUGAGUUCUCCAUUAUUGAAGCGCACUCCAAGUUCUCCAUUAUUGAAGCGCACUCCGAGUUCUCCAUUGAAGCGCACUCCGAGUUCUCCAUUGAAGCGCUGUCUGAGUUCUCCAUUGAAGCGCUGUUUGAGUUCUCCAUUGAAGCGCUCAUAGUUCUCCAUUAAAGCUUGCCCUGCGCAUGAUAAGCUUUGGAUGUGAUUACCACUGGGCACAAAAAGAUUCUCGCUUUGAUCAAGAGGAGCAACUCGGUCCUUAGCUCCCUCAACUCCAUUAAAGCAGCUCCGUCCUCAUUUCAAGAUGGUGAUUUGAUUCGGCUUAAAUCUGACAAUUUGGUGUAGGCAUACUACAAUGGAAGAAAACAGAAAUGAUCAAGAAGGACAGGAACAAUCUGGUGACAUGGAUGCCUCCACUUCCCAAGUAAAAUCUUCUACAAAAAAGGGACGAGGCCCGUCCAAAUCAGUCCAAACAAUUACACCCAUGUUCCUCGAAUUUGAUGAGUUUGACAUGCCUAUUGGAAAGUGGGAAUCUGCUUAUGGGAAGAAAAUUGGUAAUUGUGCUCAAAGAGUUAACAUUAAUGUGAAGGAUAUCCGAAGUAUGAUAAAGUUCAAAAGCAAAACUUGUGGGAGGAGAGUAAGCGGAAGUUCCACAUUGAUGAUCCCAAGGGUAGUAAAGAGAAGAAGUUCCACGAAGCUGUUGGUGCUAGAUUUAGGAAGCACAAGUCUUGGUUAGUUUCACGAUUCAUUACUUAGGAAACUGCACCUCCGCCUGACUCACCAAGUGCAAACAUUAAGCCCUGGUAGCUUUAUGAAGGUUACAUUACAGAAGAGCAAUGGAAAGAGUUUGAGACAUAUUGCAAUACAGAUGAAUUUAAGGCUCCGAGUAAAAAAGGCAAGGAAAAUGCAAAGAAUAAUAAGCAUCGCCACCAUCUAGGCUCCAAGAGUUAUGAGAGGGCUCGAGUUUAUUGGAGUAAGACCAAUAGAAUUCCAGCAGAAUCUUCAACCUCAAGCACCACAGAGUCCACAACAAGCUGUGUAAUGAGUGAAAAGCUUAAAAAUCAGUCUCUUUAUUGGAUUUUGGCCCGUCAAACUCGUAUUGCAGAUGGAUCGUGGGCUAUAGACCCGAAGAAUGCCGAAACCCAGCAAAUAGCCAAUGCUAUUUAGAAGAUUGAGCGCAAAGUUGCCUUAGACAUGGUUGGGAAAAGCCAAGUCUUCCUUUGUACUAUGGUCUAUAGACAUGGUUUUUUUUAAGAAGAGGUUUCACCAUCGCCCAAUAAGAAGCAUAGAUCUCGCCAAAACAAAGAAGGGGGCGAUAGUUGUGGUGUGAAAUCAAGGCAAUCUAUCAUCAAACCCACAAAAUUCCUACCACUUGAAGAUACAAUUGUCGAUACUUUUGGCGAGGGGUGUGAGUUGUUGUAUUGGUUAAUGAAUUCUGAUGAUGCAAAGUAUGAUACAACAUCGGUACUUUUAAAGGCCUCAAUGUUUAAUUUUGAUAGCGACAAACAAAUUUGGGUAACCGCUACCGAUGUACAUGAAUUUCUAAGAGGAUCGUGGGCUAAUGUUUCGUUGAUUCAUGCUUACAUCAUGUAUUUAGUAGACAACUUCAUCGACCUUUUCAACAGGAUUGAGAUCACAUUCUUUUGUCCUCAACUCAUUUCUGAAUCUUCAAUUGAGAAUGAUUACCUUGAAACUUAUACAUAUGUGAAGAAUACAUUUUUGCAUGAAGUAAGAAAGACGGGUAAACGUUGCAAAUUCAUCGUGGCUUUAUAUGUCGCAAGUGGUCAUUGGGUUCUUGUGGUGGUCGAUCUACAAUUAGGUUUAGCUUAUGAGUUUGACUCUAUGAAGCUACCUAAAGAAAAUCCCCGAAAAUUGAAAAUUGCCGAGAUUAUGAUGACGGCUUAUAAAGUAUAUCAGGCGAAUCUCACAGGGAGUGAAUUGAAAUCACAAAGGCAAAAAUUGAAAUUCAUACAAAUUGAGUGUGCUCAACAACAAGGAGGCGUUGAAUGUGGCUACUACAUUAUGAGAUACAUGUAUGAGAUUGUUACUUCUCACUUUGAGUGCAAAGGUGUCUUAGAAGAGGAUUUUUGUCCAAGGACUGCCCCGUAUGAUGUUGACGGGUUGAAUGUGGUUCGAGAACAAUGGACGCAAUACUUUAGAAGUAAAUAUUUAGUUCUUAACUAUUAGCUUAGGUAGAACAACGUAAUAUUUUUAGUGUUGUUGUAUAUGUUGUGUCUCCCCAAAACAAAACCCGGUGAUGAGUAUCUUUUGCGUCGAAUCAUAAUCGAAGGAAGUGAAAGUGUG